AUGGACCACAGCACGUUGAGCACAAUGACGUGGACCAGCAGUACGUCAUUGAGCACCGCGACACAGACUAGUAGCAGCAGUCUGACGUCCACGAGUGAGACGAGCAGUGCCACCAGUUCCACUUCUUUGAUCAGUGCGACAUGGACUAGCAGCACGUUGAGCACAAUGACGUGGACCAGCAGUACGUCAUUGAGCACCGCGACGCGGACUAGUAGCAGCAGCCUGACGUCCACGAGUGAGACGAGCAGUGCCACCAGUUCCACUUCUUUGAUCAGUGCGACAUUGACUAGCAGCACGUUGAGCACAAUGACGUGGACCAGUGCAACAUCACUGAGCACAAUCACGCAGAGUAGCAGCAGCAUCAGCCUGACGUCCACGAGCGAGACCAGCAGCCGGACGAGCACUACGUCGUUGAGCAGCAUUACGCAGAGCGUCAGUAUUUCGUUGACUUCUACGAGCGAAACCAGCAGCGGCACGCUGAGUAGCUCGACAGGCAGUAGCAGUGAAACAGUUACCUGGACGACGAGUUCGAGCAUGACUCUGACCAGCACCACUUUGAGCAGUUCUACCACUCUCAGCACAUCCACACAGUCGAGCAGCACCAGCACGAGCUCGAGCAUCACGACUGGUUCUAGCUCUAGCUCAACGGUCACCGGCACCACCGUCAGCACCCCAACGCUCUCCAGCACCUCGACGCUCUCUUCUACCUCCACGAUAUCUUCUUCCACGCCGUCCAGUACUUCCAGUGUGUCCAGUACCACGCUCUCCACCACAUCGGAUACCAGCUCUAGCACCAUCUCCACAACAACAGUGCAGGUCGUCAAUACGAUCAGUGGGACGAUGGAGCUGGUUGUCUCUGACCCUUCAGCCUUCGUGAGCGAUGCAACCGCCGCGGCGGCUGUGACGGACGGCAUCGCCAGCCUGGUGGGCGUGGCGACGAGCCAGGUAUUCGUCACCCUGAGCUUCGGAAGGCGCCUCGCAGCGCCGCCGAGGUACAGGGCGGCUGUUCAACGUGGAGGCCCUGAUCGGUCAGUAUGGCAGGACACGCUCGCCAGAGCGAUGUCUUCGACCAGCGCCGUGCUGGUGAGCUACAGCAUUACGACCGUUGGUGGACUGGGCACCACUGGCGAGCUCAACGCGGCCAUCGUCUCUGAGCUGACAGCCUCAGACGCAGCAUCGACCAUGCAGGCAUUGACCCAGACCAGUCUCCACAGCCAGGGCGCGAUCUACACCCUGACGGUGGAAAGCAUCAGCACGCCCAUGCUUGACAGCGUCACGCUCACGAUUACGUCGACAACCACGUCGGUAACCACCGCGUCGGCGACAGAGACCUCGACGUCUUCCACAAGCAGGACCACGACGACGACCAGCACAACAUCGAGCACGUUGACCACCUCUACCACACCACCACCACCACCACGUCGAGCACGCUGA